AUGUCCAAAGACCUGAAGAUUCUGUGCAGUGACUUCUACCUGGAGAUGAGCAAGGACCGGAGCCAGAAUUUCAGUGCCGAUAACAGAGAGCAUGAAAAACUACUGAAGGAAAGCUGCACUCUAUAUUUGGGGAAUAUUUCCAUGUAUACAUCUGAGGAGCAAAUAUUUGAGCUCUUUAGUAGAUGUGGUGAUGUCAGAAAUGUAUUUAUGGGCUUGGAUAAGUUAAAGAGAACACCAUGUGGUUUCUGUUUUGUAGAAUACUACAACAGAGCUGAUGCUGAAAAUGCCAUACGGUUCCUAAAUGGGACCAUCUUAGAUGACCAUAUCAUCCACGCAGAGUGGGAUGUAGGCUUUACAGAGGGCAAACAGUAUAAGUGUUGUGAAGACUCCGAUGUUGGUAGAGGAGACUUUGUAAAAGCAGCUCAGGCCCACGAUUCAAGAGAAACUCCCUAG